UUUCGAACGACUCGACGCUCGGCUUACGAGGGAAUAUGCGCGAUAAGAGAUGUUGAAACUUUGGUGUCCCAAAAACGAUUUGUGAACCCCCGCUCUUGUCCUUUUGAUAAAUCCGAAUUCCAUUAUCAUCUUGAAAUAGGCGAGAAAGAAUUGGGAGAGGACCGUCAACCUCAAUUUGUUGACUUUUGAGCUUUGGUGGCGCUAGAGAAAGGAAUGUAAGAACAUCUAAUACAAUUACCUUUGUAUAAGAAGGAUUCCAUUCGAUUUCAUCACUGUCUGACAUGUAUCGACCUGUAAUUCGACUGAGGUCCUUUUAUUCAUACCAUCAUCAACGGGGAGGACGGUUGCCGAUAAUCGGGUACCGGCUUUUGAAUCCGCUUUUUCUUAUUUAUAUUGUUCAUUCCUUUAUCGUGGAUAACCCCGGAUCAAUCCUAAAGACCAAAACAGAACUUUUCUGAGACCAUGUCUGUUGUAAAAGACCCAAAACCCGUUAGUGGGUCAUCACCUACACCCCAGCUCACCAACAUACUCGAAACCCUGAACCAGAACCUCCGGCAAAGUCUGCAGUCUUUGCAAAGUCUAGGCUCGCCCAUCCAAGAAAGUUUGCACAAUGACUCUGCUCUUCCACAUCCAAAUGAUAUCAAGCACGCCGCUGAAACAGUCGACCUUUUACACAAGAUCAGAGUCAUCCUAGAUCCCCCAACGUUGAUACUUGCAGAUCAUUUUCUUGGCUAUGUUCAAACCAAAUGUCUGUGCGCCGCAGUGGAGAGAGGCAUACCAGAUACGUUGGAGAACGGGCCGAUGACUCUCGAACAGCUUGCAACACGGACAAAUUCCCAGAGCGAUCGCCUCAAACAGAUAAUGCACACGCUCAUCCAUAACGGAAUAUUCAGAUUCGAUGAAUCAUCCCAGAGCUACUCCAAUAGUCCGGCAUCCUUACUCCUCCACUCCAAGCACUGGACUCAAUGGCAUAACUGGGUCAGUCUGUAUGGGAACCAGUUCUAUGACAUUGCUAGAGGUAUUCCAAAGUCAAUAGAGCAUGGUCAAAAGAGAUGGGCGGCACAGAUCAACUAUAACACCGAUGACAGCAUGUUCGAGUACUUCCGUAGAUCUGGUUGGCUACCGCAGCUCCACAAGACACUGGGGGGUGGUGCCUCAGCACAGAUGCCCGGUAUACUUGAAGACUAUCCAUGGGAAGAGGUGGCUGACGAGAUCGUGAUGGAUGUAGGGGGUGGCGGUGGUGGAUUUUUGGCGGGGCUACUGAGAAAGUAUCCUUCCAUGCAGGGCGGCUUAUUCGAUCUUCCGCAUGUAAUUGAGCAUGCGCGACAAUCCUUCGAGGACGGUGGCCAGUACUCUGAUCUGAGAAACCAGGUUUCGGAUAACAACUUGGUGGCGGGCGACUUUUUUGAGAGUGUACCCAAAUGCCGAGUGUAUACCAUGAAGUGGUGCCUUCACGACUGGAAAGACGCUCAAGCUAUCUCUAUUUUGAGCAACAUUCGAAAAAGUAUUAUUGCUGGUCCCAAGAGUAGGUUGAUUGUGUUGGAGUCACUGUGCUCGGAAAACCACUCGGAACGAUUGUCCCUUUACGGGGAUAUCAAUAUGAUGAUGACAACAAACGGCCAGGAGCGGACAGAAGGCGAGUAUAGGAUGCUGGCUGAUUCCUCAGGCUGGGAAAUUGAGAAGGUGUAUGAUCUGAGGAGAGCAUGGGUUAAAGCGCUGGUUUUCCGUCCUGUCUCUUGA